CGGACGAGAGGAAUACAAAAAGAUAAAUAAACUCCAAUUUUGCACAAUUGUGCACCACCGUGAGGAGAUGACAGAAGUAAAGAAGGUGAAAGCGGUGAAUUGCAGAUAGAUGUACGGAACCAGGAGAAAUUUAGACAUGGGAAGAGGGAUGAGAAGACGGUGAAGGGGCCGUGGAAUGCACAUGAGACGCGAAUAACAAUGGAGACCGGGACAGUGCAGGCGUGACAUCAGCGGAAAAUUGCAAUCAUUCGGUGCAAGUCUGGAUUGAGAAAAUUGGGGAUCAAGGAGGGCGCCGUGUGUUCGGAAGCUAAUAAGCAAGGUUGGGUCGGGACUCGGGCUCGAGAAGGCUUAGGUUGAGACCACGUGAUGGCCUUGAUCCGAUGCACGUAAGGUGCUCAAAUUUGUGGAACGGCCUCAUCAAAGUUCGACCAAGUCGACGACUCGACAUGUUUUCAGGCAUGAGUGCAACUUUCAUGCACCGUGGGUAGCCUUGUGUUGUCCUUCUGGUGUAUUUGAAUUGCCGGAAUAGAGAAAUACCGCAGAGUUUUAUUGCCCCUGCCACGGUCCAUAGAAUUAGUUUAGUAAUUUCCCCGGGGCCAUCCGAUGCCGAGCUGACUGGUUACGGGCAUCGGUAUCAUGUGCAUCAAGUUCGUUUAUCAUCCCCGCUAAUUCAGAAUCUUCUCGUGCGCUGGGCAUUCGCCCAGAUGUUGUCCACGAAGAUUCUCUUAAGCCGAUUCCGUGGUUUCUUGAAUUCCAACAUUGUACCUCUGAUCAUGAUUGGCAAGAUUCGCCCUCGAUCAUUUACUGGAUCGAUCAUCGAUGUGGGAAUGAGACUCGAGCCUUGCUUGCCUCGGGCUAGUACUUACCCUUUCGAACGCUUGGAGUGAGCUAUCCCAGCGAUUUUGUUGACCAAUCCUGAGUGCAACCAUGUGAUGCCUGCAGAUAGAGGUGAUUUUUUAAGUCCCUAGUGUCCGUUGCUCAAUCUUGUGACUUCACGACCGAAACCACACCACUUUCGUUGAUAUACCUUCAUCGGAGCUCUGGCCUACCUGCCAGCCUGUCAGCCCGCCCGUCCGAGGAUUACUUACCCUGAUGAAGCUUCUUCGUAGCGCACAUAAUUUGUCAGAAGCUUCUUCGUAGCGCGCAUAAUUUGUCAGAAGAUCUCAUUCUGCAUUUCCGAUGGCCAUGGGAGCCUUCACGUAACUCUGAUGGAUAGUAAGUGAGCGCAGAACAGUGAAGGGCUCAUCGUCAUGGAGGCAUUACAAUGCCUUCACAGAUGUUGGACUUGAUGACCGCGAGUCGUUGAAACCAGUCUCGUGGUCUAGGAGCUGGGGUAGGUUAAGGUUCAACCUUUCAUCAGAAAGUCUUUCCAAUUUUAGCUCAGGGUUCUGCUGUAAAUCCUGUACUUCAUUUUUCAGGUUGCAGAUUCGAAUCGAGGCCUUGAGUCAUUUCACGCCCGGAGUUGAUGACCCGAGUCGUCGAGACUAAACCCAAGAGGAACUCGAGUGAGAUCCGUUAAGGGUGCUGCAAGGAGCGAGUGUAGAUGGCUGGGGUCGGUGACCCUCGGUUUUGAUUGCUGUUGAACCAUCAUUAUAUUUAAAAUCAUUUUGUCUCACGACACAUCUCAGGACGGUUUCUUCGGAAGUCAAACAUGGAAAGGGUUAGACGCGACGUCGAAAUAUACGUGGCAUAAGUUAAAAUGUGUGGAAUUGGGUCCGAGUCGUUUCCCAAGCCUCCUACAGAAGAAAUGUUCAAAAGAUAAUGGAUAAAGUUCAGGAGAUGGGAGAAUCCUCUUGCCCCAACAGCAGGACAAUCAGUUUAGGAUCAAAAGUAAAAAUGUCUAAUCUAGUGUCGUCUCAGCACUUGAUGAGGUGCACUAGUUUACAUCGCCUGGAGUUAUGCAUAAUGUUA